GUUAGAAGAAGGAUUUGUAUGCCCAUGUCUUCCCUUCGUCUUCUUUCUUUCGAGACAAACACAGAUCUUAACAAGUAACCUACGAUCAUCACUUUCUUAACAUAGAAUUUUCCGGCAGAAGCAAUAGGGCACAAUUUUCUGGUGUUCUUGAUUUUGACGAAAAUGGUGAGAAAGAAGAUACCGAUCAAGAAAAUAGUGGAUGUAACGGCGAGGCAGGUGACAUUCUCGAAGAGGAAGAGUGGGCUUCUGAAGAAGGCACGUGAGCUUUCUCUUCUCUGCGAUGCUGAGAUUGCUCUCAUAGUCUUUUCACCUGCUGGCAAACUCUUCGACUAUGCAAGUUCAAGUAUGCAGAAAAUAACUGAAAGAUAUAUUUUAUGUUCAGAGUUGAACCUUGACAAACUAGACCAGUCACAUCCUACGGAUCAGAUUACAAGUAAUUAUACUUCUUUGAAGAAGCAAGUGGAAGACAGGAGUCGUGAAAUGAGACAACUGAAUGGAGAAGAAUUGCAAGGAUUGAGCCUAAAGGAACUGCAGAAAUUAGAAGAACGACUUGGUUCAUCCUUGGACCGUGUUUAUAAAGCCAAGGUUCAAAAUUUUAUAGCAGAGAUCAGUAUUCUUACGCACAAGGGAAACAAACUCAAGGAAGAUAACCGACUCAUAAAACAGAGGAUAACGAAUGUAGAAGACCAAUCCUUUGACACCUCCCUCACAUUGGGACUACCUUUUCCUUCUGGCUCAAAAUAGAGUUUCUGAGUAUUGAGUGAACCACGAUGCAGUAUUUUAGUUAGUGAGAAAAAGGAAGAGUGAACCACCAAGAAAAAAAAUGGUUCUUGUAUAUAUAUACAUAAGGUGAUCAUUGCAGUUGCAGAGUCUUCAAUAGUGACACUCUCUUACAGUUCUGCCAAUAUUUAUUUUCAGGUAAUUUCUGUUUGUUAGCAUAACAGUGAUGCAUUCAGAUAUAAUACUACCAUAUUCAUCUCCAAAUUCUCUAGGUUAAUAAUAUAUUCCUUUAAACUUAAACAUGA